ACAGACUUUGCUUUAAAAAGGCUGAAAAAAAAUGUCUGGAAAAAAAUGGGUUCUCCUUGUCGCCGGCUCAAAGCACUGGGAAAAUUACCAGCACCAGGCCAAUGUGUGCGGUUUAUAUCAGAUAAUUAAGAAACAUGGGAUUCCUGAAGAGCAGAUUGUGGUGAUGAUGUAUGAUGACAUUGCUUACAAUCAAGAAAACCCAACUAAUGGAACCGUUGCCAGUGUAGUUGAUGACACAGACGUGUACUCAGGAGUUCAGAAAGACUACACUGGAAAGGAUGUGACCCCAAAAAACUUCCUGGCUGCUCUUCAAGGGAAUGAGAGUACAAACAAAAAAGUCAUAAACAGGUUUGUUUGACUGUUUGUUAAGAAAUCUUUUCCUGCUAUGAUUUCCUAUAUAAAUCAUUUUUAUAAGGGCCAAGCACUGAAUGUAAGGAAGCAGCACAAUUUGUAACCUUUGUGUUAUUGUGUGGCUGUCAAAACACAUUUUCUAUGAAUUAGAUGAUUGCAACACCUACAUAAUGCAAUCACAUUAUAAAUAAUUUUGAAAUGAAGAUGUUGGAAACUGCUUUGCUUACAAAUAUCACUGAUAAUAUGAUGUACAGCUAAAUAAUUGCAAUGCAUCUGCUGCUUCUAUGCUUGGCCUCGUAAUCACUGCUUGCAGCUAAUAUGUGACCUUGGAAACUGAGAUUUAUACAUCAUCUACAAGCUGAACAAAUAUGUUUUCUAUUGAUGUACGGUUUGUUAGGAUUGGACAAUAUUUGGUUCGAGAUACAACUUUAAAAUCUGGAAUCUGAUGGUGCAAAAAAAUCUAGAUAUUGAGAAAAUCGCUUU